GAGUCAAAGUUCAACCGAAGUCGCACGGGGCAAUUCAAAAUAGCCGCACUUAUUUGAACGGUGCGUUUGAUACGGAAAGGUCGUUUUGGGAUGCCGGAGACCGCCAUCCAGUACUCCGACAAGUACUACGAUAACAAGUAUGAGUACAGACAUGUGAUCCUGCCACCUGAGCUGGCCCAGUCUGUGCCCAAGACCCACCUAAUGACCGAGACCGAGUGGCGCAACCUGGGGGUGCAGCAGUCUCUUGGCUGGGAGCACUACAUGCUUCACUUACCCGAGCCCCAUGUGCUUCUGUUUAGGAGGCCCACCAAAGAAAUGUAGACCAAAUCAACUGCAUUGCUGAUGAUACAAGGCAGCUGGAGGCAUUAGUGACAUAAACAUGUAUUUGACCCAC